AUGAUGUCUAUGGGUUUCAUGCCUGACAGUCUGAGUGCCUCAGAUCCCUCCAAAUCGGCCUUCUUAGAAUUUGGCCACGGACAUCUGGCACACCAGCAGCACUCCCCCGGACUCUCUCACAUUUACCCCGUUCACGGCUUGCAUGCUGGCCAUUCCCAGCACGAAAGUCCUUUCCCUGGCAGGGCGUCUUAUGGCCGCUCUUUGGGCUACGCCUACCCCGGAGCGGUGAACGCUCAUCCCUCGUCUGCGUACAUGUCCUACCAGAACAACAAUCAGAGCAACAGCAGCAGUCUGGCCCACGGCAGAUUAGAGCACGCAGAGCGCGAGAAGUCCAUGGUGAUUGAGAGCCGGGACAAUCGUCUAACUGGCAAGGGGAAGAAAAUCCGGAAGCCUCGGACCAUCUACUCCAGUCUGCAGCUGCAGGCUCUGCACCAGCGCUUCCAGCAGACCCAGUACCUGGCCUUACCGGAGCGCGCCGACCUGGCUGCCAAAAUGGGACUCACCCAAACUCAGGUGAAAAUAUGGUUUCAGAAUAAGCGCUCCAAGUAUAAAAAGAUAAUGAAGCAUGGCAGCGGAUCAGAGGGAGAACAUCUCCACAGCACGAGCUCCAUCUCCCCCUGCUCACCCGGGUUGCCCCAACUUUGGGAGGUCCCCAUGACGAACAAAGGAACCCAAAUGCACCCAAACAAUUACAUGAACACUUUUGGUCACUGGUAUCCAAACCACCACCAUGGUCAUCAGGACGCGAUCACGAGGCCUCAGAUGAUGUGA